GACUUCCUGUACAGUAGCGCAAGUAGUCCAACAUGGCGGUUGUGUCGCUCGCUUGAGAGUGAAGUGGAAACCGCGAGUAAGUUAAGAUAGUUUAGGUGUUUUUUAAAGUGGCAGAGAGGGUAUAUUUACACAGAGAAGUGUCUGUAGACUGCGGAUAUCGGCUGUUGGAGAUGAAAGGGAAAGAGCGAUCGCCGGUGAAGAAACGCUCCCGGGCUCUAGAGGAUAGCAGAGACCGAGGAGGAAGCCACCCGAGCGGCAAGAAGUCAGGAGCUCUGUCGACGGUCGGCAGCAACAACGGGAACAGCUCCGCUCAGAGGAGAAGUUUACACAGCGAGAAAAGAGACAUGAGGGAUUCAGACGGACAUAAUUCAUCCGGUCGGGUCGGCAGCGGUUACGACUACGGAGUUGUUUCGGUGAACAAGCCGUACGGCGGCGCUGACGUCGCCGCGGAAACAUCCAGGUCCGGUUCACGCAGCGACCCUCGGCCUCCUCCGUCAAACCCCGAGAGUGAGUACAAGACUCUCAAAAUAAGUGAACUGGGCUCGCAGCUGAACGACGAGGAGAUAGAGGACGGGCUGUUUCACGAGUUUAAGAGGUUCGGGGACGUGAGUGUGAAAAUUAGUCGAGAAAACGACGAGAGGGUCGCGUUUGUGAACUUCAGGCGGUCGGAUGACGCCCGGGCGGCAAAACACGCCCGCGGGAAGCUGGUGCUGUACGACCGGCCUCUGAAAAUAGAGACAGUUUACAUGAACAGACGUAGAAGCCGCUCCCCUGUUUCAAAAGACAAUUUCCCCUCAGGACAGAGGCAUCUCCACUCCCAGAGACCUCUGUCUCCCACUGGUCUGGGGUACAGAGACUACCGGUUACAGCAGCUGGCUCUGGGCCGCCUCCCCCCCCCUCCUCCACCGCCUCACAUCAGAGAUCUGGAAAGAGACAGAGAUUUUUCCAUGUAUGAUGCCAGGAACAGACCCCCGUUCAUCCCUGAAUGUGCUGUUUACCGCGACGAGGACCUGAUGAGCCCAGAGGAUGACCAGAGAGCAAACAGGACCCUGUUUCUGGGCAAUCUGGACGUCAGUGUGACAGAGAGUGACCUGAGGAGGGCGUUUGACCGGUUUGGGUUGAUAACAGAGGUGGACAUAAAGCGGGCAGUGAGAGGCCAGAGCAACACCUACGGAUUCAUCAAGUUUGAGAACCUUGACAUGGCUCACCGUGCCAAAGUGGCGAUGUCCGGUAAAGUGGUGGGCCACAGCCCAAUUAAAAUUGGCUAUGGCAAACCUACACCCACGACCAGGCUGUGGGUGGGGGGCCUUGGACCCUGGGUUCCACUCGCUGCACUAGCCAAGGAGUUUGACCGCUUUGGCACCAUCAGGACUAUAGACUACAGGAAAGGUGAGGCGUGGGCUUACAUCCAGUAUGAAAGUUUGGAUGCUGCUCAGGCUGCAUGCACUCACAUGAGAGGCUUCCCUCUCGGUGGCCCAGAAAGGAGACUGAGAGUGGACUUUGCGGACACGGAGCACCGUUACCAGCAGCAGCAGCCGCAGCCGCAGCAGCAGUACAUGCAGCUCCCCCUCCCCCUGCCGCACUAUGACUUAGUCCCUGAGCCCUUUGCCCACCGUCUUACCGACUCAGUGAGAGUGAGAGAGAGGUCCCCUACGCUCCCUUCUCGCUUCAGAGACAGAGAUCUGUACUCCAGUGCGGAGUGGUCUGGUCUGGGUGUGCACGACAGGAUGCGAGGGGGAGGCUUCGAUCCUGUCGAUCGCCUGGAGAGGCGUUCCCGCGACACCUGGUCAGUAGAGCGUGAGUUCCAAAGCAGAGAUCUGAGCCGCAAAAGGAGACAGUUGGAUGAUGGCUGCCGGCUGGAUCAUUCACCGGACUUAGCUGACUUUGGUCUGCGCCGUCACGGCAGCUCGUUGGAGCGCAGCCCUGGAGGGAGCAGCCGAGAUGGGGGACGCUACAGUGACCCCGAACGCCCGCCUCGCUCUGGUAGAACUUCCCCCACCAGAGAGCGCCAGGACACUGGCUUUGGAGACAAGAGAAGAAAAACACUUAGCCCAGCUGAGCGAGGCUCCUGCCCCGAGAAGGACCACAAACGCAAAGCGAGUGACUCAUCUAAGAGCCCGGCGAAAAAGGAGGAUCGUUUGGGGCAACCUUCCUCCUCCUCUUCCUCCAAGUCUGGUCCGCAGUCUAAGUCAGCUGCUGGAGGCCAGAAGCUGAGUCAAGCCUGGCAGGGAGUCCUCUUGCUGAAGAACAGCACCUUUCCCACAUCGCUGCACCUGCUGGAGGGGGACAUGGCGGUGGCUACCAGCCUGCUGGUGGAGGGCUCCACAGGGGGUCAAGUGUCCCAGCUGAAGAUCAGCCAGCGCCUGCGCCUGGACCAACCCAAACUGGAUGAGGUUUCUCGUCGCAUCAAGGCUGCUGGCUCCGGCGGGUACUCCAUCCUCCUGGCCGUGCCGGUGAAAACUGACGACGGGGGUGUCCAAGACGCCAGCAACUCCACCGAGAGACCGCUGAAGAACCUGGUGUCCUACCUGAAGCAGAAGGAGGCGGCCGGCAUCAUCAGCCUCCCUGUGGGGGGCAGCCGUGACAAGGACCAAGGAGGAGUCCUUCACGCUUUCCCCCCAUGUGAGUUUUCCCAGCAGUUCUUGGAUGCCUCUGCCAAAGCCUUUGCCAAAUCAGAGGACGAUUACAUGUUGAUGGUCAUUAUCAGAGGAGCAUCGUGAAAAAAAAAAAAAAGUACAAAUCAUUCAUGUGUUUUUUUUUUCACACUCAUGAACUGUUAAUCUGUGAGUUGUAAAAACAGGGAUACAUAAUGGUAACAAAGCAGAGUGACAGGAAAUGACAGGGUUGUGAUUUUAAGUUGCUUAACCUGCAUGGUAGCUUCUGUCUCAUCCUGUUGAAGGUUUAUAGCUAUGAAAGUAACCCUGAAUUGACUACAUUUUGAUAAAUUGAUGGAUUUGAUUAUUAAUGCAGGUGACUUCUGGUUUUUAGUUAUCAGAUAAAUGUACAUUACUUGAAUGGUACUCUGCUGAAUCAAUACUAUAUGUUGCCUUAUCUCAUUUCAAAAGAAACACAGUUCCUUUAUGUCCUUUCAUACAAUGCCUGCCAAUAAGAAAAAAAGAAUUUAAGAUCCAAAACAGAGUAUUUAGCCUUCAUUUUAUCUGUACUUAUAGAUUUAACUGGUCAGUGUCAACACGUUUCUAGUACUAUAAUGUUUGUACAGCCAGCAUAUGAAACAAUCAAAUUCAUGUACAUAUACAUUUGCUCUUGAUUAAGAAAAUAUACCUGCUCUAAAGCUUUGCCCAUUGCUCAUUAAUAGGCAUAUUCCAGAUGUGCAUCUGUAUUACUUUUUGGUGACCAAGUGAACAUUUUGAAUACUUCCAGGUUCAAAGUUUCAUAAUGACAAUUUUUCUAUUUUUGUCAGUUUUGGCCAGUCGUAAAAGUGAAAGAAAAUUGUGGAACAUAUGGACUAUUCUUUCAGAAUCUACUUUUGGAUAUGUUAAAAAAUACAUUUAAUGCGAGCCUUAAGCGUGGUACAAUGGUAUAAUAGAUUACAUUGCUAUCAGUGCUCCUGUCUGAGCCACAUCUGGAGGUUAUGUGACAUUACAAGGUGAAAUGAAUGCAGGGUUUCCUGUCUGUGUUUUAGCACUGGUAUGCCAUGUAGGGGUGGACACAAGCAGCAAGCACCUGCCAGUUAUAAUGCAGUUUAAUACAAUGAGAUUGCACAGAAUACUGCCUUUGUAAAGAUAAUUAUGUUUUUUGUUAAAAUUGUGUUUGAGAGGAGAGAUUGUCAGCUCUGUGUAGUUCUGACCCUGAGGUGUUGUAUUGAACUGCAUUAUGUUAUGUUAAGGUACCAUUUAGGGCUGAUUCAUCAUCGUUUAAACUACAGGUUCAUUUUUGACUAAUCAAUUAAUUAUUUGGUCUAUAAAGCAUCAGAAAAUAGUGAAGAAUCUCAAUAAUUAGUGUGUAACUUAUAAAAAAAUAAAAUGACAUGAGAUGGAUAAUCUGUGGAAAAAAAACAACCAGGUUCCUCUUGCUCAGCCUAAUGCUCCUAAAUCCAUUUACAAGAAUCCACUGCGUCUGAAUAAAAACAACCAAUCAAAUCAUAUUGAACGUUUCAGCAAAUAUAUAUAUAUAUAUAUAUAUAUAUAUUUAUACAUAUGGUUAUUUUUUUUAUAAAAGUUACCUCCUGCUGCUUUUAGGGUGACUUCUUCAAAUAGAUUUUAUAGUUAACAGUCCAGAAACCAAAGAUAUUCAGUGUGCUAUAAAAGCUGUGUCCUACACAUUUGAGGAGCAUAAAUUGUUGCUUUUUAAAUUAUCUGUCGGUUGAGGAAUCAUUUCAGCUCUAAAUAUUAUUACCAUGGAGUUGAAUCAACUACCAUUAGUCUACACAGGGUUGCUUCUGUGUCCACCGCUUUUAUAUUGUACUUUUAUUGGUAUCAUUCAAUUUGGUUGAACAGUAAUUGGUUGAUUAAGUUAUUCACUUUUCUUAUGUUAUAAUCAACUGAGUACAAUAACAACCCCAACAAAGCAUGUACUGUUUAAAAAAUUCUAAAUUAAGAGCUAUAUGUAUACCAUGCACAUCUCUAAUAACGGAUCAAGAGUCUUUAAGUAGAAAAUAUUGCUGUACUGUCAGUGGACUGUGAUGAAAACCUCUGAACGAAUCAGAGGAGAGAAGGCCGUUGUCCGAUGGCCUUACACGCCUUCCUCUGAAAGGACUGUUAAUAAUACUUUUCAUGCUUUUGAUUUGAGUUCUGUGUUUUCAAAUGGAAAAAAACAGAUUUGUAUACUCAGGAUAUCUGGAGAGAGAAAUGGAGAACAUCAGUGCUCAUGGGCCUAAGAAGUAUACCUGUCAGAAAAAAACGCAAAGUGCAACAUGCACUUGAUUUUGUCUCAAUAAAUUUACUCUUUCGUGGGAAACACAA